UACCACACAAGUCACAAGGUUUUCUAAAUUACGCAAUACGUAUUUGGCUUCUCAGUCUCUCCAUUAGUUUGUUCUCCAUUUUCUACGUUCAUACGACGCAGCUUUUUCAGAAGCAUUGUUUGGUUUAUCAUAUACAUUCACACACAUUUCCUCUAAAGACAAAAUUAGACUCAUUCCCUUGUAUCAAUUACAGAAUUUUGUCAAUUAUGCAUUACUACAAGUUACUUGGAAGAAGCAAAUCUCACGAUUCAGACGACUCUGAUUCCGAAAACACUGUUAAUAACAAUAGUAAUAUUCCUGCAGAAUUCCUCUGCCAAGCAAUUUUUGCUGGAGAUGGAUUCUAUGAUGUUGAAGCAGCAUAUGGUCGAUUUGAAGGAGUCGUAAGAACUGCAACAGGGUAUUAUGGAGGAACUAUGAGAAAACCUUCCUAUAAAGAUGUCUCUGAAGGAAAAACAGGACAUACUGAAGCAGUAAAAGUCACAUAUGAUAACAGAUUUGUAUCUUACAAAUCUCUUUGCGAUUAUUUCUGGGAAACUCAUGAUCCAACCAAUAAAAAUUCCCUUAAUUUUGGGUUAAAAACGCAUCUGAGAUCUGCUAUAUUCUGUUCAACAGAAGAAGAGAGAAAACAAGCACAACAAUCAAAGAUAAGACGGCAAAUGAAACUUAAUAGAAGGAUUCUAACGAAAAUAAAUCUGUUAUCGAAACAAACUACUAGUAAUUGUGAGUUUUUUGUUGCGGAGAAUCAACAUCAAAAGUAUUACCUCCAGAAGCAUUACAGGCUUUCUGAAAGUUUGAGCCUAAGAAGCACGGAACAAUUUGUGGAGUCUUACAUUGCCUGCAAACUUAACGGAGUAUUGGCAUUGGAUGGGGAAGUGAUAUUGGAGAAGCUACCACAAUUAACGAGGACUUGUCUUUUGCCCAAACAAUGCAAGUCCACUUGUGAUGAAAUUAUACAAGAUUUAAAGACAACAAGUGCCCAUGGCUCCACUAUUUCUUGAAUAAUCUCUUUUCCACUCUUAUAUUAACACCAUUUGUAAUUAGCAUAUUAUCUAUCAACUAUAUAUUGCUAAAUUACAGGGUUACAUUUACCAUGAUAUCUAUAGGUCUUUUAA